UUUAAAUGAAAUGAAUCAUUAAUGUUUUGGUUUUCAAGUUUUCAUCUGUUUUUUGAAAUCUAGUGAAAUUUAAUGAAUUUUUUGAUUUGAUUGGUUUUAUUCCAAGUCCAUUGAGUCUUAUUCUUGUCUUUUGUUCACAGUGAUCCACAAAAUGGCCUCUCUUUAUGAAGAUGUUAGGCUUUACCGUAAUUCCCGUGAGAGAGAAAUCUAUGAUAAUCUCGCUGAUUUAUACGCUGUUGUAAAUACCCUACAGUGUUUGGAGAAGGCGAUUAUCAAGGAUGCAGUUACAGCUAAGGAAUAUGAUGCUUGCUGUGAGAAACUAUUGGUCCAAUAUCAGGCGGCCUUUAAACAAGUUCAAGAUGAAUUCCAAACAAUUGAAGCUUUCAUGAAGAAAUAUCGAUUCGAUUGUCCUCUUGCUUUGGCUCGUAUUAAAGAGGGUAAACCGAUCGCAUUGAAAGACGAUAAAAACAAGUGUAUAGCUGAUAUAACCUCUCUUUACAUUACCAUUCAAGAUAAAUUACGAUUAAAUUAUAAAUCAACCGAUGAACUGCAACCUGAUCUAUUGGCUUUAUUGGAAACUAUGAAUCGUCUGUCAAUCUUACCCCCUGAUUUUGGUGGUAAAACAAAGAUCCAAGAAUGGCUUAAGGUUUUCUCAUCAAUGUCAGCAUCUGAUGAACUUAAUGAUUCCCAAGUUCGACAAUUAAUAUUUGAUCUUGAAACUGGAUUCACUGGUUUUAACAAAUUGUUAUACGAACCUUGAUUUACCUCGAUCAUCUCAAAGGUCUAUUAAUUUUAUCUCACAAUCAGAUGGAAAUCAAGGAAAGAAACGAGACAAAAGGAACUGAAAUCAUUUUUUUGAAAGAGAGAGAAAGAAAUUCAUUUGUUAUGUUCAAUGAUGAUUAAUUUUAUGGUGAUAAUAAUAGAUAAUAAAACAUCAAUGUUUUUAAAACCAUAA